AUGGAUUCCCAUGUUGAUAAUGCUGCUGCCACUGUUCCUAAUGCUGCCUCUGUCCCUACUGCCACCAUCACUGUCAACGGUUCCCCCAUAGCUCCCACUCUGAUGACCAUUCCUCCUCUGCCCUCGGCUUCACAUGCCAAACCAUUUCCAGAUAUUUCCAAAAUAGAAAUCUUUGAUGGCAGAAACUUCAAAAGGUGGCAAGAAAGGAUUUUUUCAAUCCUUGAUGUUCAUGGGGUUGUUUUUGCACUAAUUGAUUCUAAGCCAGAUGACAUCAAGAUGCUGGAACCAUGGAUGUAUGCAAAUAAGGCAUGCAGGCAUACAAUCAUUAGCACACUUUUUAAUAAGUUGUUUGAUGUAUACAACUCUUACAAAAAAGUAAAGCAAAUAUGGGAGUCAAUGAUAGCCAAGUACACUACUGAAGAUGUUGGGAAACAGAAGUUCGUGAUUGGCAACUUUUAUCGCUGGAAGAUGACAGAUGACAAGGACAUCAAGAACACAAUUCGCAGGGAGAUUAAGGCCUCUAAAGCUCAAGAAAUUGCAACUAAAGUCAAUCUGGUGCAAGGCAAAACCCAGCGCCAACAAAGGUACCCUUACAAACUUGAUCAUAAACCCAAAGCUCCUCAUCCCACCUUCAAAAAGAAAGGUAGUUGUUUUGUCUAUGGAAAGCCAGGGCAUCAUGCAGCACAAUAUAGGAAAAGAGCAAAGGAAAAUGACAAACCUGCUAAUCCAAGAGUCAACUUGGUCAAAGCAGAUGAAUCUAACGAUGUAAUUGCUGUAGUCAUUUCACAAGAAAAUAUGGUGGCCAGUGUGAAGGAAUUGGUGGUAGACUUAAGUGCUACUAGGCAUAUUUGUGCAAACAGAAAUGCCUUUACCUUCUAUACUCCUAUAGGGGAAGGAGAAGAGACAAUUUACCUCGGUGAUUCUCAAACUGCUCAAGUUUUUGGUAAAGGGAAAGUUCUUCUCAAUCUCACAUCUGGCAAGACCCUAACUCUAAAUUAUGUUCUUCAUGUUCCCAAUAUAAGGGCAAACUUGGUAUCUGUGGCCUUAUUAGGCAAGGUUGGGGUGAAAGCGUCAUUCAAAUCUGACAAGAUCGUGAUGGCAAAAAAUAAUGUGUUUGUGGGUAAGGGUUAUUGCAAUCAGGGACUCUUUGUACUUAACAUUUCCAAUGUUUUGAAUGAAAAUGACAAUUCUUUCACUUACAUGAUUGACUCUGUUGAUUUAUGA